AUGCGCGUCCUGCACUGCCUUCUUACGGUUCUAACCUGGUGCCUAGGCACGGGGGCUAUGGAGUGUUUAAAGAUGCUUUGUCAUCAGACCAACACUUCUGAUUGUCAUCCCUGUGUGGGCCUGAACUCAGAGCAGUUAUCUCGAUGGCAUCGUUACCUUGAUGCAAUUCUGAGUGACUGGAGAGAUACCUCACACAUGCCCUCCUACUACGAAGAAAUCCGUAACCAACCGCUAUGCUGUACCCUCGGGGAAAAUGACACAUGUCAUCUCAGCCUUAUCUACGAGCCGAAAGUUGAUCCUACGCGGCUAUAUGAUCUUAAAUGCAUGGAGGGCGAUGAUAUGUGGACCCAGUUUCGAUGUACCUCCGGUCACAACACCCGGUGUUGUAGAGGGAAUUUCUGCAAUCUACCAACGGAUAAGGAGGUCGAUACAGUAACUCGGGAAACACCCCAGCGGUUGCACUUGAUUGUGGUUGGUGUCAUUUUGGCUCUAUUCCUACUGUUACUUCUCGUUGGAAUUCUACUAUUCUCUCGCUACAAACGUGAGUCUGGUCACUCAAAAGCAAGGCGCAACUCACAGAGCUCUCCCUCGGGCACCUGCGCGUGGAUAUCGAACCCUAAUGGCCUAGGUUCAGCUGGUGAUCCUCUAAUCACCAAGAACACUGUCCCUUCCAUCGCAGCCAGUUUUGGCACUCAGCAGGGCAUCUACCUCAGCGGUCCGCCUUCAAUGAUAACCUCAUUGGGCAGCGGCAGUGCUACCACGAACAUACCGAACCCCUCCUUUAACAACAACCCAAGCUUUACAAUUCCCGUGCCAAAGGUAUCCGACGUUAUUUCUCGCGGCGGCGGCAACACUACAGCAACGACGACGAACUCCUAUGCACUGGGAUCUGGCUCUGGAACCAUAGUGAGCAGUCAACUGAUGGGCAGUGCUGGCAGAGUUUCUGGGAUGCCGAUCCAACAAGAGAUCUCUCUCCGCGCUUUGCUCGACGCAACUGGUAGCGGCUCCGGCUCUGGCCUGCCGUUACUCGUUCAGCGAACCGUAGCUCGACAAGUCCAACUGGAGGAGCGUAUUGGCGAGGGUCGCUACGGUGAAGUUUGGAGGGGCACUUGGCAGUGUGAUCAAGUGGCGGCCAAAAUCUUCUCCAGUCGAGACGAAAACUCUUGGGCCAGGGAGAUUCAAAUCUAUCAGACGGUGAUGCUACGCCAUGCCAACAUUUUGGGCUUCAUCGCAGCGGACAACAAGGACAACGGUCUCUCCACUGAGCUCUGGCUUAUAACGGAGUACCACCGCUUAGGCUCCCUAUACGACUUUCUGCAGAGUCAUGCACUCAACGCGUAUGCGCUGAUUCGUAUGGCCUCCUCCAUUGUCAACGGACUGGCUCACCUACACAUGGAAAUAACUGGAACCCAGGUAUCGGAAAAGUUUUCAUUAAAGUUCAUCCCUGAGAUUCUUUGCACAAGACAGUCUGUCAGCCGGGUCUGCUUUUUUAACUCCCUGUCGGUAGGCUUCGUGACUGGGCUACUAUACCCCACUAUCAGCUUGAGCCCUAUUCUUAAAUGCUGUGGUUUAAAAAGCUGCAAACAUCUUUUUAAACACAGCCUUUCUUAG